GUCCAAAACAAAAAUCUGAAAUAUAGGGGCCGCCUCGAAAGUUAUUUCAAACGUUAACCAUCAGCGCUAGGGUUUAAGUCUCCGGAGAUUGAAACGCAACCAAGGAAGAAGAAAGUAAAAACCAAAGAGUUGGCGGCGAUAGAGUGCGAGAAAUGUCGAAGAAGAACGAUUUGGGUCGCCGGAAAAGACAACACGAAUUCGAGCUACAACGUGAGAAGCAAGAGAAACAAAAGAAGGAAAAGAAGCUACAGAUGAAGAAGAACAAGAUGAAAGUGGAUCAUAAUGACAAGAAGAAGAAGAAGGGUGUGAGCGGUUUUGCAGUGGGGAAGAGAAAGUUGAAGACCAAAGUGACGCCAUUGGCUAAAGCUAAAGCUGCCCAGGCAAUGGAGGUUGACAAAUGAGGUUCUACAGGUCUACUUGCUUCAAAUUAGGUGUAUGCUGAGAAUACUUAUGAAGGUCCAAUAGUUUACCUUUGGGUUUGCAUUGUUUGCUCAAACAUAUACUAUGUCAUUUAGAAAAGAGGAGUUUUUGUUUUCUCUAUUCUUCCGUAUCAAUUUUUUGGUUUCAUAUCCAAUAUCUAUCAUGAGACCCAAUAUUUGUCAUGGGACUAAUUUGUUCUAUCAUCCCGGUAUGUGGAUCAUGCGAUUAUAUAAUGUUAUGGUACCAGAUCAGGUGCUUGUGGUUGGUACUAAUAGCCUAUAGACUAUAGACGGCCAUAAGGC